UCUUUCUCUCUCUCUCCUAAAACCCGGACCGGAACAGACGAAUUGCUGAGAUGUGGCGACGAGGCGUUCAGACUUUGCGGCGAUGCGGCGGCAGCGGCAGCGGCGGCCCCGCCGCUUCCCUGCCCCUGCGCUCCUUCGACCUAAGAUCCCUGUCUUCCGGAGCUGCCUCCGCCGUGGACUCCAUCAUCCUUCGCUCGCUCAAGGAACACUACAUCGAGGUUUCCAAGAUGAAUCCGCCGCCGAAAGUGAAUCCACCUUCGGCCUACUCUAUUGUGAAGGGCGCGCUGGACCGGGAUGGUCCCGUCCUCCGCAGAACCUACAAGGAGGAGGAGAUCACGAUAUCCGUGAUGCGACUUGAGAACAUCAUGCCCUCUGGUGUCGGUGAUGACGAUGGCGACGACUCGAUCAACCAGCUGUUCCUCCAUGUCGAUGUGUCCAAGCCUGGGCGGGAGGAAUCAAUUCAGUUCCUUUGCGGGUUGUAUCCAGAUGUCGUCGGGAUACAUGCCGUGCGCCUUCGACCCAAUGUCUCGGAGCCCGCUGGACGGAGCAAUAUGGCCAAGUAUCAGGAACGCGUGUUUCAGGAACUAGACCAAAAGGUCAGGGAUGCAUUCCAUAUUUUCAUAGAGACGCGCGGUAUCGACGAGAAGCUUUUCCCAUUUCUGCAAGCUUGGAUGUAUGUGAAAGAUCAUAGAAACCUCAUUCGCUGGUUCAAAGACGUGGGCUCCUUUAUCAAUGAAUCGGAACCCGCCUGAGCUGCAAAUUUCUUGCUCAUGGUAAUGUUAGCGACCGGAAGGCACAUUUAGGUUGCUAUUUCCUUUCCUUUUCGCGAAUUAACUGAAAAGGAUAUAUGAUAUGUAGGAAGGCUAUCUAUUCUUGUUGUAAGAACUUCGAAGAAAAAUAAUCUUUUUGUUGUUGUUUUGGUUUUUGAACUGCUUUGUUUCUGGUUGACUAGAAGAGAAACAGGAUAGUUAAUUGGUCAUA